AGGGCACGCAUAUAGUGAGUGUCAGGGUAUUCGGGAUUCAGCCGUAGUUUGUCAGAGAUAAGCGUGACCACGCCGCAGCAACGUUACAGCAGCAUUAAUAUCGCCAGGCUUACAACUUUUCCAACAACAGGUCCAUGAUGGAUGCCCUGACCGAUGCUCUCUCCUCCAGUUUCUGUGUUACUAGAGAGGAAAAUAGCACUUCAGCCCCACAUCCACGCCUGGCACAGUUCAAGAUCAAAUACAGUUCUCUGGACCAGGAUGAGCGGAGGAGAAGAUUCCUGCAGCAGCAGAAAAAGAAAAGGCUGAACUAUGUGAAUCAUGCCCGUCGGUUGGCAGAUGGGGACUGGACAGGACCAGACAGCGAUGAAGAGGUGGAAGAAAAGUUGAACCAGCAGCAGAAUGAGGAGGAAGAUGAGGGGAUGGAGAUUGAGCAACGUAAAAAGUUGCCAAGGCAUUACGCCAACCAGCUGAUGUUGUCAGAGUGGCUGGUGGAUGUCCCUGCUAAUCUUAGCUCCGAUUGGCUGCUGGUGGUCUGUCCUGUUGGAAAACGCUCUCUGGUUGUCGCAUCUAAGGGUUGUACUUCAUCGUACACUAAAAGUGGGUACUGUGUUAAUCGUUUCCCGUCUUUGCUACCAGGAGGUAACAGACACAACUCUGCCAUGGGAAAAGAUUACACCAUCCUAGACUGCAUUUACAGUGAGGUGGAUAGGACCUACUACAUUCUGGAUGUGAUGUGCUGGAGGGGGCAUCCUGUCUAUGACUGUUCAACAGAGUUCCGGUUCUACUGGUUGCAGUCAAAGGUCGAAGAGGCUGAAGGACUAGCAGAGAUUGCCAAACGGAACCCUUUCAGGUUCGUGAGUUUGAAUAGCAUCAUUUGUACAACAGAGUUAAUCCAAAAGGCCCUGGCACAUGACUAUAGCUUCAACGUGGACGGGCUCCUGUUCUACCACGGUGAGACUCAUUACACCCCGGGCAGCACACCACUGGUGGGAUGGCUCAGGCCCUACAUGGUGUCAGACAUUCUGGGCAUUGAAGUACCACAAUGCCCCCUUACUGCAAAGCCUGAGUAUGCCACACACCAGAUGCAGCAGAUCCUGGAGCACAAGAAGCCAUCCAGUGGGGUUCGGCCUGCUGAUCAGAACGGAAGAUAUGAGCUUGAGCAUCUCUCCACACCAGACGCACAAACAGAAAACAGCAACCAUAAGGAGAGUAUGGAGAGCUAAGUGUAAAUACUCUUACACUGAGCUCUAGGAUUUCUGGCGUUCACUCCACACUGUGUAUGGGGACCUUGAUAAGUUUCCUGCAGGCUGCACCUAAACCUGAGCUGCAUUUGUUCAUCUAAACAAGUGUGGUCGCCCUCAAAUGACAUGCCUGGAUUUCAUCAUUUAUCUCUGUAGUACAUUUUAGGCCUCAUCAUUGGCUGUUUUUUAAAUCAGAAGCGAUACAAACACGUCGAUGGGAAGGAUUUUACAUGCAAUGCUAUGUGCGUCAUUUUAAGUGUGAGCUUCUAGAUUUAGCUUGCUAAAAUGACAGCCUUGUAGCUCUAGGCUGAAGCUAGAAUGCCUAGAAUAAAAACUUGUAAAAACUCUGUGGAACGUAUGCAAAACUAUUCUGCAAGCAGAGUUACAGGUUAUUUGACACACUCAUGUAUGCCUCUCCAAGAAACCAGUGUUAUUUUUAUUUUAAAUUUAGACCAUUUUCACGAAGUGGGAACAAAAACCUCAUGCAACUCUUUUAGAGUAUUUUAAUAAAUGUAUUUUUAAUUCAAAA